ACGAAAGGAACAAACAAACUCCACCAAGCAAAGGACCAAAAAACUGAAAUAAAAGAAUGAGAGAGAGACAUUUUAGAUAAUCUACGACAACAACAACAAUGUGGUUUACGGUUAAGCGAUUUUUAGUUUUCAUGUUUCUAAAUACAUUGUACUAGACGUGUCGUUUACCGUUGAAGCCGCGAAGUUCUCUCUCUCUCUCUCUUUCUCUUUCAUAUGUCUGUUUUUAACAAAGUGGCUUCCAUUUCUAUAGCACUUGUUUGUUUUUUUGUUUCCCUCUCCCUCUUCUUUCAUUCAUUCACCGACCCUUUUUUCUCUUUGGGUCGGCAAUGGUUCGAAGCUAAUUCGCUUCUUUCGAUUUGUUUCUCUGUUGUUCAUUGUUGCUUUGCUUAGAAGUUAGCUACCCUUAAUGGAUCUCAGAGAAAGAUUGGUGCUUUUUCAUGUGGGGUUGUUUGUUGUGCAAUUCUGUUGCUUCGCCAAUGCCAAUUUGGUCCUCCAUGUUGAGCGCAAAUUCAAGGGUCCCAAUCAAAGCCUUCGUGAAAUCAAAGCUCAUGAUACUCGUCGCCAUGGUAGAUUCCUCUCUGCUGUUGAUGUCCCUCUUGGUGGCAAUGGCCUAGCUUCUUCAACUGGGCUGUACUAUACCAAAAUUGGGCUUGGCUCUCCUCCAAAGGAUUACUAUGUGCAAGUUGAUACAGGAAGUGACAUUCUGUGGGUGAAUUGUGCUGGCUGUACUGCAUGUCCCAAGAAAAGUGGUCUUGGGAUGGACUUGACCCUCUAUGAUCCAAGCCAAUCCAAAACUUCAAAUGUGGUUCCUUGUGACGAUGAAUUUUGCACUUCCAUGUAUGAUGGUCCAGUUUCUGGCUGCAAGCAAGACAUGUCCUGCCCCUACAGCAUCACUUAUGGAGAUGGAAGUAUGACCACUGGGUCCUAUGUUAAGGAUUUAAUUACAUUUGACAAAGUCAAUGGUAAUCUCCAGACUACACCGGACAAUGGUAGUGUGAUUUUUGGGUGUGGUAAUAAACAAUCUGGGACUUUGAGUUCAUCUUCUGAUGAAUCCCUUGAUGGAAUAAUGGGUUUUGGACAAGCGCAUUCUUCUGUGCUUUCACAGCUUGCUUCAACUCAAAAGAUGAAAAAAGUAUUUUCACACUGCCUUGACAAUAUUAAAGGAGGAGGAAUAUUUGCCAUAGGGGAAGUGGUGCAGCCAAAACUUAAUACAACUUCAUUGGUACCAAGAAUGGCACACUACAAUGUGAUUCUGAAGGACAUGGAGGUUGGUGGGGACUCUAUACAGCUCCCGUUAGAUAUAUUUGAUUCUUCAAGUGGGAGGGGAACAAUAAUAGAUAGUGGUACAACCUUGGCUUAUCUUCCAGCCUCGGUUUAUGACCAGCUAGUGGAGAAGAUUUUGGCUCAGCAGUCUGACCUGAAAUUAUAUCUUAUUGAGGAUCAAUUUACUUGUUUCCAUUAUUCCAAAAAUGUUGAUGAUGCAUUUCCAGUUGUCAAGUUUUUCUUUGAGGAGGGGCUUACUCUAAAAGCUUAUCCUCACGAAUACCUGUUCAAGUUCGAUGAUGACAUGCAAUGUAUUGGCUGGCAAAAAAGUAUGUCAGAAACUAAGGAUGGAAAGGACUUAAUUCUUCUUGGAGAUUUGGUGCUGUCAAACAAAUUAGUUAUGUAUGAUCUUGAAAAUAUGGUCAUUGGAUGGGGCGAUUACAAUUGCUCUUCCAGCAUAAAAGUGAAGGAUAGCAGUACUGGAACUGUAUACACAGUGGGAGCACAUGAUCUUUCUUCAGCUUCCACAGUGUUAAUUGGAAGAAUAUUGACGUUGUUUUUGUUGGCUAUUGCCUUGCUAAUAAGCACUUAAGUUCCUAGUUCUACAACAUACGAGGGAUGGCAUUUUUUCUUCUUCUUUUAUUUGUAACAUAAUUCUUGAUGGCGAGCUUGAUGCUAAUAAAUAAAUCAUUUCUCGUAUAAAUAGAAGUGAGAAAGGGGAGAGUUUUUAACUUUCUUUUCAAUUACCUCCUUUUCGAACAAUUUUUUAAGUGAGGAAAGUAAAAUAUCCCAAAUGGAUCAUAUCA